AUGGCAUCCAUUACACCUUAUACUACGGUGAUUCAAUCACCCCCCGGCCCUGAUGCGAAACUCGUCCUCCCAGGCCAAGCAACAACCAACCCACCGAUCUUCAACGAUGCAAUGAUCGUGCGCAUGCGCGUAUUCGUCGACGAACAGAAAUGCUCCGCCGACGGCGAGAUUGACAGUGACGAUGCACGAAGCUGGCAAUGGGUGAUGUACGAUUCAGCCUCAGUCACGAAUUCGAAUACACCUGUUGCAGUCAUCCGGCUGGUGCCCCCUCCACAGCUACCACAUGCCCUUCUCACACACCCGGAUACAAAAAGCCUACCCAAAUUUGAUUGGGAUCACGAGCCGUGUGUCAAGUUAACACGCGUCGCGGUUAUGCCCGAAUACCGGGGUAAGGGACUUGGGCGGCGUCUAGUGGAUACGGCACUAGAGUGGGCGGUGGAUCAUGCGGCCGAGAUUGAUGAGGCCGCAACCAAGCUCGCAUCAGCGUCGAAUGAAACCGCGGCUAUUAAGAAAUGGGAAGGCUUGGUUCUUGUCCAUGCGCAAGUGGAUGUGGAGAAGAUGUAUUGCGGGCUGGGAUUUGAGACCGAUGAGUCGCUUGGUCGGUGGGAUGAGGAGGGCAUUGAACAUGUGGGGAUGUUCCGAAGAUUAAAAUCGGUACAGUGA